UGGUACUACUAUAAUUGGGAAGUUGACUGACGUUUACCGGCUGACUUGGAGGAAAUCCGUUUCGAGAAUACAAGGGCCAGGAGAGCUUCUCCGUCUGCUGACAGACACGAAGCAGGCUAAAUAAACGCAUAUCAAUCCUUAUUUCGGCUAGUGGGAAUAUAUAAAUAAUAAUUUUGAAGAUGGUUUGUGGAGGAUUUACAUGUUCAAAAAAUGCUCUUUGUUCUCUUAACGUGGUGUACAUGCUGGUGGGGCUGCUGCUCAUCGGCGUGGCGGCCUGGGGAAAGGGCUUCGGGAUCGUCUCCAGCAUCCACAUCAUCGGCGGGGUGAUCGCAGUGGGCUUCUUCCUGCUCCUCAUUUCCAUCGUGGGGCUCAUCGGCGCGCUCAACCACCACCAAGUUAUGCUCUUCUUUUAUAUGGUCAUUCUCUUCCUGGUGUUCCUCUUCCAGUUCGGAGUGUCUUGUUCUUGUCUGGCUAUGAACCGCGGACAGCAGGAGAAGCUGCUGAACACCACCUGGGACAUGAUGAGCAACGACACCAAGAAGAGCCUGGAGCAGCAGCUGGACUGCUGCGGCCUGGUCAACUCCACGCUCAGCCAGGAGCAGUUCAAAGUCGACGUCCAGCUCUGCACCGCGCCAUGUAAAACCAAUGGCAAGUGUCUCACCUGCGGGGACAAGAUGCUGCAGCACUCCGCCGAAGCCCUGAAGAUCCUCGGGGGCGUCGGCCUCUUCUUCAGCUUCACCGAGAUCCUGGGCGUGUGGCUGGCUGUACGCUACAGGAACCAGAAAGACCCCAGAGCAAAUCCCAGUGCUUUUCUAUAGAUGCACGCACUGGCAAUAUGGAGAGGAAAAACACACACACACACACACACACACACACACACACACACACACACACAGAAUGAACACACAAACGCACAAUAAGCAACCCAUAGACACGCAGACACAUACUGAUAAUGGCCACACUGAGACACAUUUGCACAAACUUUAUCCGAAACGUGGAGACAUGCCAACACGCACCGAUGGAUAUUCAAUCCAGAGCUUCUUUCGGCCAUUUUGUACUGAGCCCUACCUACGCUGUACGUGUGAGCCAUGUGUGUGCGUAUGCAUAUGGUGUAUGUGACGUAUGACGCACAUGUACAACGCAACACGUGUAUUUAUAAAUGUCUCCAUAUUGUACUGACCUUGCCCUUUGCAAACAAAAGCGUUGGAAAAUGCACACAUGCAGCCAUAUCCACAAAGGCUGUCUGCACAGCAGUUCCUGAUGCGUUACUUUCCUCGCGUAUGAUUGGAUGGUUGCCUGCAUUCACGCCCCUCCGAACACUACCAUUGGCCUGCUUUGCUCACGCCCCCUCCCUCCACCUUUCUGCCAUCCUUGACGUGUGCGCAGUAACAAGCAGGAUAGCCAACUCGUUGUGCAGCAGACCUCUUAUUUUUAUUUUGUUUUCUUUUUGGAAUAACAAAAGGAUUUAGCAGUCCUGGAAACUGCACGGUCUCACCGCCCUGCAGUCCUCUGCCAUGGUCCCACUCCUGUGCAUUUUCAUCAUGCCCAGAUGAUGUGUCCUUCAUCCCACUACAGAAGGCAGAGGCACUUUCCCGCGCCAAGGCUAAAAUGAUGAGUUUGAAUGCUUCCUUCUCAACCCCUUUUUUGGACAAGAUUUGCGGACAGGUCGUUGCGAUACUGUGACCUCACGCGAAAUCACUCACAAGGAAUACAGUUUUUAUUUAUGUAUAUUGUUUGUGUAUAUAUACCUGAAGUUUGCGCGCUCGGCAAACCUUUAUGUUGCAUCUCGCCACGUUCUAAAUCUGGCCAAACUGCGAGAAUAUUCCGUAUGGUCGCCAUGGAUACGUUUGUUUCUCAGCGCAGAGGGAGAACGCGGGCAGUGAAGUGAAGGACUGGGGGAUUGCGAAUGGAUAGCUCCUCUCUCUCCCUCUCUCCCUCUCUCUCUCUCCCUCUUUCUCUCCCUCCCUCCCCGCUCUGACGGUCGCGCCGUGAGACCCGCGGCUAACCCGGCCUACGGGAGAAGGGCGGAGCCAAGCCCGUUUCCUCGGCGACGACCCCACGGACGCGUCUAACUUGGCAUAACCGCACGCUAUUCCUGUAGCCUGCUCCCUCUUUUCUCAGGGGCUCUUUUCGUUGAGAUUUUUUGAAUUUGGUAAAUUAGCCGAAGUGGAAAAAGCCCUCUACAUGCUUAACACGCAGGAAGUAGUUGCUCCUACAAGGUACCGUAACGUGAAUUGCUACAGUACGAAGACUAGGGGUGUCCUCCUCGCUUAUCGGACAAGUAAUGCAUAAAGGGUUUAAGACACUGUCUCGGUCCGUUUCCCUUACUUAAUUCUUUCAUCCUAAUUCCCCAGUAGAGGUGGAAUACAAUUAAUGUUGCCUUCAGUUUACUGUAAGAGGCAUGCUUGAAUCCUUUUUCACGAAGGUGGGAUCCUAUUAUAACCCCACUUGGUAUAUUUUUCAUUUUGCUGCUGUUGUACGAAUGCGGCUUCGUUCCUCAAUAUGGUGUUUUGUUUUAUGUUAACUGGAUUAUAGUAUGAAGUGUUCCUUUAUAUGAGCCUGUUAAAUUGAAAAUGCUUAUCUGGGUAUUGGUCUGCAUUCCUAAACGAUGUGUCUUUCCCUGUGCAGUUAAACCUAAACAGUAGAUCAUAGUUUCCAGCCAUGUUGUUUUCCUCUCCUCAGUCCAAUGGGGGCUGCAGUGUUCUUGUACAGCUUCAAGGAGCAUUGGAAAAGACCAGAACAAUCCCAGUCCCCACACCUUUCCUGCUCUCUUGUACAGUAGCUUAAAAUAACAACUUCUCUCAGAUUCUGCAUUUCCACAAGCCUCAUAAGACAGACUCCUCAAAUGUACAUUUUAAAACGAAGUGUAAUUAUUGCCAUGAUUUUACAGCAAUUAGGACGUUAGAUAAGUUUUUUUGAGUAUGUUUAAGCUAGUUGCAUGGGAAUUUGUCCUUCAGUUGGUAGGCCAAAAGACAAUAUCAUUAGUUGUGAGGAAGUGGGGUUUUCCAAACUCCCAGCAGUUCGCACUGAAAGCCGUCGCUAGGGUAACUGAGGAUGGGUAGGCUUAGAUCCUAGUUGGAUUCUAAAAGAAAAAAAACUUGAUGUACUUUUUUUCCUUAAUGUUAUUAAUAUUCAUUGUUAUUUUUGCCAAAUGUGUAAUUUGAGUGUUCUUAUUUACAUCAGUGUUUUGUUUUCCCUUAAUGGCACUUUUGUUUCUGAACUUGUUGGUACUGCAGAAGAAUAUUGCCAAAUCUGAAAAACGGUAGUUCUGGUCAGGUUGCAAGCUGGUUAACAUGGGAGUAUUUGGGUUGGUAAGCAACAAUUUUCUAAUUUAACACACACCUUGUAUCCCAAUGCGAGUGAAAAUGUGUUUGUAUGUACAUUAAAUUAUGUAACAAGUGGACAUUCUUUAAUGCUAAUGUUUUACUAUGGGGAGACUUCAUUUCAAUUUUUUUUCGGACUGCGAUCAAGAUUGGAAAUCACGUUUGUAUGAAAUACUCAGUAAUGUAACCGCUGUAGGAAAACGGUGGCGUUCCGUAGAACGUCACAAACUGCCGCCAGGUUUCCUUUUGGGAACCAACCGGCUUUCUAACAGCCUCCAUUUCAUAUCGUCUGGACAUGAACCAGGUAUCACACCCAGUGUAAAGUCUGAAAUCGGUCGACUGCAGUUAGCGUGGCUUACAGAUAUGGAGCAGUCCUGUUUAACGCUGGUCUCCGUGUAACAGUCGCAUGAUACUUGUCAUGGCGUUCGUUACAAAGUGCUAAAUCGGCUAGUGGUUGCAGCUGGGCCAUUGCGAUUUUUUUCCUCUACAUCAUACUGUUCACAAUGUCCAGCGUGUGUUCUUGGCAGAGAUUGGUCCUCGGCCUCCACGCAUCCAGCAGCUGCAGGGGUGAGGCUCAGAGACCCGGGACGCGUUAAGACGACGGCAUCGUGAGACGUUUGACAGCAGUGGGAGACUAGGUCCACGGCUUGAUUUUUUCAAGCAUCUUUGACAAUCUCUGGACUCCAGCUCCCAUCAGCCCCCUCUAACAAAAUGGCUUCCGUGGUGCGUUGCCAUCCGAAUCGAUCUCGGGUUUUGAACAUGUUCCCCACCUUUAACUGGAAGUAAAGACUUAUCAGACAGAGACCUUAGAAGCAACUCAUUUAGGCGUUUAUUUUUAAUUUAUUGAACUGACGGUACUGGGUUGUUGGGCAAGCAAAUGUGUGGCAGGAGGAGUUGGAGUGAUGUGGGGUAAUAUUCCCUUUGUUUGCAGUAUAUCACCUUGUACAUUUGUCUUUGUUUUUUACGUGAAACCCAUCUCUGGGCACACUGUACUUGUUUUCCUGCUGAAUUGAAUUUUUUUCCCCUAUUAAAAAAUGUCAAGAUCCUAAA